GUAUCGGUAGGCAGGAGGUGUUCAGAACGGCUGGUCGCAGUUACAGAUAACAUCUGCCGCACGAACAUCUCUUCUGGCUUUCCGACUGUCUGUGAUGACAACUCCCACCAGUGUCAUCAUCUCGACCAUGAACCUACUUCCCCUGGUCCUGAUCGUCGUGGUGGUUGCGUCCGUUCCCGGCAAAGCCGCUUCUAUACAGAGCAACCCUGACAGAGAGAGUGCUUUCAGGGACUACCGCGGAGACGGCGCCACUGAUGAAAAUACUGCCCGCCACCUCGAUUCGAUUGGUGGGAGGAACCUGCUGCGGACACUUGACGGACAGGCACAUUUCCCGCGCAGGAUAAGGAGCGGUCUAGACUCGCUCUCAGGAGUGACAUUCGGCUGGAACAAGAGGCUCGACUCGCUCAGUGGAAUUACUUUCGGUAACCAGAAGAGAAACUUCGAUGAAAUCGACCGCACGGGAUUCAACGGCUUUGUGAAGAAGAAUUUCGACGAGAUCGACCGCUCUGGGUUCGACGGCUUUGUGAAGAAGAAUUUCGACGAGAUUGAUCGCGUGGGUUUCGGAAGUUUUGUCAAAAGGAAUGCGCCCCUAACGCUCUAUCGCAACUACGACAAGGAGGACCACUAAGGUCAAAAGAAAUACAUUUCGAGAAUUCCUAUGCAUGAAUGCCAUUAGGUGCCCGCUUUGGGGCAGGCCACAAAACUGAAAGCAUUUUCUUUCAUCUGAAUACAUUUUCAAGCUUAUGAUUUAAGACUCUGGCCUCAAUUAUGGAAACGUAACAGAGCACACAAAUUGUGAACAUGUAUAACAAGAAUCAGAUAAUAAACUCAUAGGAACUCUUCGAUUUCGAGUUGAAAUACACGCACAAAACUGGGUGCAAGAGGCACCAUGCGUGAUUCUCCAAAAUAAAUACCACCGCUUUAUGACAAAUUAAAUUUGUGGGUAGUGAAAUUAUGGCAAUAACACAAGAUUUUCAUACUAAGUGUCAGGCUCGCCUAAAUCCCGCAACUAAACCUGCAUAAAGUAACUCGCUCAAGACGAGCAGAACGAAAUUUCGUUAUUUUCCUGCCACUGUCUCCGAACUUCAAAUAUUAGGAAAAUAUUGUGCAACAUAUUUAUCUCUUACGAAAUUAGUUUUCUAUUGAUUUAACUUUAUCGCUGUUUGAGUGGAUUGUUGUGUCUGAAGCUUUAGUUGAAAUUAGAUAAUUCACGAAGUGUCAAAAGUCUCUCUGGCCUACAUGUGAUUCAAAUUCUGUUACAUAAAAUUGUUGUUGAAUCAAUGGAGCGUCUAAAUGUAAAAUACAAAUUUCUAACAUAAAGCAGAUACGUUAUCGUACAAGGUUACAGUCGACUUCUAUGUUCUGGCAGACAUGUCCCUUCGAAAUGUUGCUCUCUUUCUGCCAGAUUACACGGCGUCAUGUCCUAGAAGACCGUAAUCUUAAUAUUCGCCAUCACGAGAAUCUCAAAUCUCACUGUCGUACAAAUUUACGCUGUGUCCAUUGUAGCUAGAACAUCCAUUAUCGAAGCAUUCGUUUGCAUUAAUCAAUCGUCCGGGAAAAUGUCCCAAAUACUGUAUUUAUUACUUAUGUUAUUAUAUUUUGUUAAAAUGGCAAAAACCUGUAUCAGGAUUGUUCCUCUGCAAAUAAUUCACUUAUCAACAAUAAAAUUGUGUCACGACACACGGAUUUAUACCGAGAAAUCAUGUCUCGAUAAUAACGAUAUCUCACUUAACAGUCAAACAUCACAACAAUUAAACUCUAAAUGAACAAUAAAUCGUAAUUAAACUGAGUUUUAAGCCAUGUCUUCUUGUACUAACUUCGUCAAGUUUAGAUGAACUUCUCUAAGCAACCAUAACCUCCACAGUUAUGAAAUAUGACAUAUAUCGUAUGUAGUUAGAGGUUCUCUGUACCUGUCGAAUUAAUUUAUGAUGAUUUACUUGUAAGUAUAUAUCUUUCGUGUUCAAUUUCCAUUUGUUCAAAUCCAAGUACUUUAUUGAAAAGCAUUUAAAAUAUAUUUACAAGAAAAUGUCAGCAGACACAGAGCGCUACGCGUGUGACAGAUUUCAUAACUAUAUAUUUUGCGGUUGAAUUUGAUAAAAUUAACAUCAAGAACGCAGAAUUUGCAGUCUCCCCAUGGAGAAAUUAAUUUAUAUAGGGAUUACAGUGGCAGUUUACUAAAUUACCGCGUUGCUGUAUUUAUAAGGAAACGCGCGAUGUUCCAUGCGUACUGAGGCCUUCAUUUGUCAUGUCGCUGGGAAGACGCCAUUUUAAAUUACUCUCUCAUGAUAUAUAGCGAACAGCGUAUUAAACUAUAUUUAGGGGAAAAUCCAUACAAAUGGUACACCAAUGUCUUGUAUUUGCAUACAUUUACAAAUUUGGCGAAAUGCAUAUUAUGGACUAUAUCAAUUUAUUUUGCACUUAAUCCCUGUGGGCAUGAUGCCCUAAAUUACAUACGAAAUUAUGUUUAUAUAUUCCACGGUUACUUUUGAGAGCUGCCCAUGGUUCCGUGGAGCCAUGUACGGAGAACUGUGAACCACAUUUCUAAUUUGGUAGCAAAAUCAUAGCGUUGUACCAGGUAACUUAUGAAACUGGGGAGGUAAGUGUACCCUACAAUCUGUAAUUGUUGGUUCAAUUGUACUGGAACCGUUGUAAUUCAGAAUAUCGGUUCAGACUUCAACGCUUAUUUGCGCAAUGUACAGUCCUGAUUCAGAAAGUCGCUAGCUUAUACAGAAAUCUUAGUUUCUGAUGUAACAUUGCUUCUAAAUGAACCUAGAAGACCGUGGUGUACUGUACAAAGUAAACAAUAAACUAAGCUAUACACAA